GGGGGGACCCGGGUAGACUUUCCCGCCGGGAGGCUGGAACCGCCACCCACACGUCGGUCGGUUCGGGCGGGACCGGCCCCGGGGCGGCCCCCGGAGCAGCGCAGGCUCCGCCCCCCGCCACGUAGCUCCGGGAGCGCGGGGAAGGCGGCCCCGCCAUUUCCCCUUCCGCCGCUUCCGGUUCCGCGCUGCGGGGUCGGUCCCGCCGCGCACGUGGGAGCUUCCCCGGUGCCGCCGCCGGCGCCAUGUUGGUGCUGUUCGAGACCGCCGCGGGGUACGCCAUCUUCAAGGUUCUGAAUGAGAAGAAGCUCCAAGAAGUCGACAGUUUAUGGAAAGAAUUUGAAACUCCUGAAAAAGCAAACAAAAUAGUAAAGCUGAAACACUUCGAAAAAUUUCAGGACACAACAGAAGCACUUGCUGCUUCCACAGCUCUUGUAGAAGGCAAGCUCAGCAAGAACUUGAAGAAGAUUCUCAAGAAGAUAGUGGCAAAAGAUGCCCAUGAACAGCUGGCUGUCGCAGAUGCCAAACUUGGAGGUGUCAUAAAGGACAAGCUGAAUUUGAGCUGUAUCCACAGCCCAAUGGUUACGGAGCUCAUGCGAGGGAUUCGCUCACAGAUCGAGGGCCUGAUCACUGGCCUCCCUUCCCGAGAGAUGGCAGCCAUGUGUCUGGGGCUGGCGCACAGCCUUUCCCGAUACAAGCUGAAGUUCAGCCCCGACAAAGUAGAUACCAUGAUUAUCCAGGCAAUUUCGCUUCUUGAUGACUUGGACAAAGAACUGAAUAACUAUAUCAUGCGCUGCAGGGAAUGGUAUGGCUGGCACUUCCCCGAACUGGGCAAAAUCAUCACAGAUAACCUAACGUAUUGUAAAUGUGUGCGGAAAGUUGGAGACAGGAGCAAUUUUGCCUCCUCUGACGUUUCUGACAUCCUACCGGAGGAGAUCGAGGCGGAUGUGAAGGCUGCCGCUGAGAUUUCCAUGGGGACAGAAGUGUCAGAAGAAGAUAUAAACAACAUAAUCCAUCUCUGUGAUCAGGUGAUUGAAAUCUCGGAGUAUCGGACGCAGCUGUACGACUACCUGAAGAACAGAAUGAUGGCCAUCGCUCCCAAUCUCACCAUCAUGGUGGGCGAGCUGGUUGGAGCAAGGCUCAUUGCUCACGCAGGUUCCCUCUUGAAUCUGGCAAAACAUCCAGCGUCAACAGUUCAGUUGCUGGGUGCUGAGAAGGCGCUUUUCAGAGCGCUGAAGACUAAACGGGACACACCAAAGUUUGGCCUUAUCUACCAUGCUUCGCUGGUGGGACAGUCCAAUCCCAAAAACAAAGGAAAGAUUUCUCGAAUGCUGGCAGCUAAGACUGCUUUGACUAUUCGCUAUGAUGCCCUUGGGGAGGACACCAACGCCGAAAUGGGAGCUGAGAACAGACUCAAAGUGGAGACGAGACUGAGGCUUUUGGAAGAGAGAGGGAUAAGAAGAAUAAGUGGCACUGGAAAAGCCUUGGCCAAGGCAGACAAGUAUCAAAACAAGAGCGAAGUAAAAAUAUUUGAUCCGUCUGGUGACUCUACGCUUCCCGCCGUUUCAAAGAAACGCAAAAUACAGGAGGUGGAAGAACAAGACGCAGAGGUUGCUGUGAAAGCAAAGAAGUUCAAAGCGGAGAUGAAAGAAGAGGCGACUGUAGAAAAUGAUGAACCUGUCAAAAAGAAGAAGAAGAAAAAGGAUAAGGGGAAGCAAGCGGGAGAAGAGGAGGCGGGGGGUGAGGAGCCCCCCAGCAGCCCCCCAGUGGAGAACACAGAGAAAAAGAAGAAGAAAAAGAAGAAAGUGAAAGAAGAGGACGCGGACUGAUGGGGAGCAGGGAGGAACGCUGCCCUUCAUAACUUGUGUAGCCUCUUUCAUAUGCAGUCUCCGUUGAUAAGGAAUAAAAACAUUUUUAUGAAAGGA